AUGAAUCGAUCAUUUCACUUUGAUAGGCAGAGACAGGGACAAGGAGACAACGGACAGUCGCCUUAUGGCGAUUUCAACAGGAGUCAGGGCAGCGAUCAGGGAUUCAGAGGCUUCCAAGGCAGGAACAGAUUUCGGCAAUCCUUCCCACAACAUCCCUACAGACAGCAGUUCUCUCCACACUCGCCCCAAAGUCACAGAGGAAGGAACAACCAACCUUUUUGGGGAAAGCGGGAAAUUCCCAUCAGCGACUACUUCCAUCCGUCAAUGCUGGAAGAUCCAUGGGCGGAUCUCCUGGACAAGGAGGUGAGCAAAGAGACGCAAGAGAGCCAGGAAGAAGUCCAGGAAGCUGAAGCAGCUGAAGAUCCUGUUGAGAAAGACUGAUUAGAUUGUGUCUCGGCUAAUAAAUAUCCUCCGACAGAGGCGCUGCUGUUGGCCUCUU